AUGACUGACCUGGCCGCUGAUAACCGCGAUAAAAUAGUGGCUAUUGGUGAAAUGGGAUUGGAUUAUGAUAGAACAAAUUUCUGCUCUAAAGACACUCAGAAGAAAUACUUUGAGAUGCAACUUUCUCUUUGUUCGACGCUAAAGUUGCCGAUGUUUUUACAUUGCCGUAACGCGGCUGAUGAUUUUGUUAGUAUUCUUAGAAAACAUAAAGAUAAACUCACUGAAGGCGUCGUUCAUUCGUUCGAUGGCAAUCCAGAAGACGCCAAUAGUAUUUUGCAAUUAGGACUGUAUAUUGGGAUCAAUGGGUGUUCGCUCAAAACAGAAGACAAUCUUUUUACAGUAACAACCAUUCCUUCGGAUAGACUUAUGAUUGAAACAGACUGCCCGUGGUGUGAAAUACGGCCUACACAUGCAUCUGCUAAAGAUGUAAUAACCCAUUUUCCAUCAGUUAAAAAAGAAAAAUGGCAAGAAGACAAAAUGGUUAAAGGUCGUAAUGAGCCUUGUACAAUAGUACAAAUAUUGGAAGUACUUGCGCGUGUUAGAGAUGAAGAGGAAGAAUAUCUUUGUAACCAAAUAUACAAAAACUCAAUGAAAGUAUUCUUCCCCUAUGAAUUGUAA